AUGAAAAUACUCGAAUACCGUUGCAAAUUCUUCGUUGCCGUCUCCUUCGCCUUGCUGGCUGUCGCAGCUGCCGAUGUCUCGCAUCUCGGUGGUGGUGGCUACAAUUACCCUGCUCCCAUUCACGAGGAAGUAAAGUCGGAACCAAUUGUACCACAAAACACCUACAUCCCACCCGCACCACCAGCACCGGCACCGUCCCAAGGCUACAACUAUCCAGCACCAGUGCAUGAGGCGGUGAAAUCGGAGCCGAUUGUACCACAAAACACCUAUAUCCCUCCUCCAGCACCACAGAACACUUACAUCCCACCCCCCGCACCCGUGCAGGAAGCUGUCCUCUCCGAACCAAUUGCGCCACCACAAAACACAUACAUUCCACCACCAGCAGCACCACAGAACACCUACAUCCCACCGGCACCAGUUCAGGAGGCGGUGCUCUCGCAGCCAAUUGCUCCACCACAAAACACCUAUCUUCCUCCAUCAUCCUCCCUUGGUCAAGACGGUUACCGUUACAAGACCGUUCGUCGUGUUGUCUACAGACGCCGUUUCUAG